GCUUUCGACCGCCGUGUUCCUGCUCGCUGCCGUCCUGCUCGCUGCCAUGCCUGACGACGAAGGAAACGGCGCCAAGCCUUCAUGGCAAGGUCUUUCACUGCAUCAGCCCGACCGCUUCGACUUCGAGAACGCCGGUUCCUGGCCAACGUGGCUAAGCCUUUUCGAGGACUACGCCUUCGCUUCCGGUCUUCGACAGGCGUCGGGAGAAGUUCAGGUCCGCACACUUCUUUAUUGCAUGGGGCCGGAAGCUCGUCCUCUUCUUGCGACGUUCGGCCUCGGCGACGCUUCUACGGACUACAACGUGGUCGUAGAGAAGGUUACGGCCCAUUUCGUUCACCCCCUCAACGAGGUGUACGAGUCGGCGCAGUUUCACCGGCGAGUCCAGCAGCCGGGGGAAACGGUGGACAGCUACUAUGCGGAACUCUGCAAGCUCUGCAAGAGAUGCAACUACCCGUCACCCGAGGUCGUGGAACGCCUUGUUCGCGACCGCUUCAUCGUAGGCUUACGCGACGAUCGCCUCGCCGACCAGCUCUGCCGCAACCCCAAGUUAACCCUCAAAGAAGCAUGGGUGCAGGCGAGACAAGCAGAAGACGCCCAAAAGCAGAGAGACCAGCUCGCAGGCCACGACACGCAGUCUCGACCGGUGAGCCUCGACGCUGCCAAGUCUCGGCAGCCACAAGCGGGACGCGUCAAGUACAGUUCAGCACGCGACAAGCGCACCUCAAGCUCUAGCUUGUGCGGCUGCUGCGGCCGCGCUUCACACGCUCGCUCGGAAUGCCCCGCCCGCAACUCGUUGUGCAACCACUGCAAGAAAAAAGGCCAUUUCGCGGACGUCUGCCGUUCCCGGAAGAAACGGUCGACCCAGGUGGCAGAGCUGGGUUUGUACGCCGUUCGAAACUCCGACCAAGGCAAGUUCGUGGAAGUAACUGUCAACGACUACACGGAAGUGUUCAAGGUUGACUCGGGAGCCGAAGUUUCAGCCGUCUCGAACACCUUCCCCAACUUGCCGCCGUCCCUCGACAAGGAGGAUGACACUCUCUUCGGGCCAGGGCAGCAGCCACUCAACGUUCUUGGGUCCUUCAUGGCCACUUUGCUGUGGAGAGGCAAGUCAACCCAGCAAAGACUAUAUGUGGUAAAAUCCCUCUCCGUGCCUCUUUUGGGCUUUCCAGCCAUUCAGGCACUUCAAGUCGUCAAAUUCGUCGACGGCGUCUCAUCGAAAGAAAAGGACCCUUCUACCGUCAAAGUCUCUUCUCAGACUUGUGACAAGCUGUUUAAUGGCCUCGGAUCUCUUUCUGAAGAAUACAAGAUCCGCCUCCAGCCAGACGCUGUUCCAUUUUCUCUUAGCGUGGCAAGGCGCAUCCCCAUUCCGUUGCGGGAAGUCGUCCGCAAGGAACUGCAGAAGAUGGAACAAGAAGGUGUCAUUCGCCGACAGGCAGUGAAGACCCAACUGCGAGAGAAGAGGCUCAAGGUCUGGCUCCUUCUCAAGAACCGGCGGCACCUGCAGCGCAGGAACGGGCUUCCCCUCGGCAACCACCUGCACCUGCAUCUCAAGGACUGGCUCUUCCUCAAGGACUGGUUCCUCCUCAAGAGUUGGUGGCACCUGCAGCUCAAGGAUCGGCUCAACCUCAGCAGCCACCUUCGCCUACGAGCCACAACCUCCGGCGCAACGAACCUGACUUGGAUACCUCACCUGUACAAAGAACCAGGUGUGGCCGACGGGUGGUGCGUCCCAGGAAGUUGGACCUUUAGUGCGAUUCUGAGGGGGGAGAUGUAG